AAAUGAUAGUCGAAUAAAUAGAUAGAUGAAUGAAUGAGUUGAGAAUUCUAAAAUAGCUGGGUGGCUGGACUCUGGUAACUUGUGGUAAGGGUUAUAACUGAUUUAUCAGAUCUAAGACAAUGAAUUGUUCAAUCCCCUGGCUACUUUCGGUGGGCUCAACGGCGACGACGUUGGGAUAUUUUGAUUUUGAUUUUGCUUUUGAUUUUGAUAUUGAUAAUAGAGAGUCAACGGCGUGGCAAGCGGUGAAACUAGUAAUGGUUGUAUGUGACUAUUCUAUACAUACCCACAUACCAACCUACAUACCUGCUCACAUUUACUUACUGUAGUACCGUAUAUCUUCCAGCUGUAUACUAUAUACUUCCAAGGUUACCUAUUCCUAUCUUCGAUUUCCCCGCUCUCCCUAUGCAUAUCUAGCAAGCCUCGAAUGACAAUCUAUUGACUAGAUUGGAGAUGGAAAUCUCCUGUAAGGCUUGUGUCGGUUCUGAGACUCCCUACGUAGCCAUCUACGUAGCCGUAUAUGUAGGUAGAUAUCGAGUGGGUACACAUUCUGUAUCCCGUCGUAUCCCGUCAUAGGUUCACGGAAAGCUGCUGGUAGGACUCCCCCUGACCGACCAAGUGAAUCCAAGAGGUUUGACCAGAUUUAAAUUGUGACACUGAGCUUUGCCACACCCACCAAUCUCUCCAUCUUGGUCUGGUGACGGACAGUCAGUAAACUCCCGGCUUUCCCCACGCAAGUCAAUCAAGAUGGCGAGCACGAAACAAAACAACGGACACUACGAAAGGAAUGGAGAUAGACUCCAUCUCAACGACUCCAACAGUAUGACUACCACAAUGGGAAAACCCUCGGCGUCUUACGAUAGGACUCCUCCUAAGGAGAAGCCAGAAAAUGCCCCUAAAGCAGAUCGUGAUGGCGUUGCCGCGGUGUUCUCGCAGUUUAGCCAACUGCUUCACGUUGCGAGACUGCCCAUCGCCACUCAGACUAGCGAGGGCACUUUCAGCACAGCACUUCAAAGAACGGGGUUGAAAAAGGACUUCAAAUACCUUCAUAUGAAAGAUGUGAAGACAGUGCUAGAUCUUGCCCGGAGCAAGUUAAAGGGCGAACAGGUAGCAGAUGACAAGACGAUGAUCAUGGAACGCGUGAUUCAGCUUGUCGCCGAACUACCUGACAAGUCACGACUCCGGGAGGAACUGACUAACACGUUCUUGAACGAGCUUUGGGAUACAUUGGACCACCCACCCUUACUCUACCUUGGCGAGAAGCAUCAGUACCGGAUGGCAGAUGGGUCGUGGAAUAACCCGAUGAACCCUCAAUUGGGAGCAGCGGGCUCGACAUAUGCCCGAACAUGUCGUCCGGGGGUCAUACCUUUGGGAGCCAUGCCUGACCCGGAACUGAUAUUCGAAUCAGUCAUGAAGAGAACUCAAUACCGCAAGCAUCCGAACAACGUCUCAUCUGUGCUUUGGUAUUGGGCAACCAUCAUCAUCCACGACCUCUUCUGGACAGAUCAAACUGACAUGACCAAGACCAGGACGUCUUCGUUCUUGGAUCUCUCGCCUCUCUACGGUAGCAACCAAGAUAUGCAAGACUCCAUUCGCACUUUCAAGGAUGGGCUGAUGAAGCCGGACACCUACGCCGACAAGAGGCUUCUUGGCUCACCACCGGGAGUCAGCGUGAUCCUGAUCAUGUUCAAUCGCUUCCACAACCACAUCGCCACGAACCUUGCCGCUAUCAAUGAAGGGGGUAGGUUCACACCACCGCCCCCGGGCCUGAGCGAAGAGAAGGCGGCUGCCGCGUGGAAGAAGUAUGAUAACGAUCUUUUCCAGACAGCUCGACUGGUCACAUCUGGGUUAUACAUCAAUAUCACUCUGGUGGACUACGUGCGAAACAUUGUCAAUCUCAACCGGAGCAACACCACGUGGACCUUAGACCCUCGAGCGGAGAUGGGCCGUGACGUGGGCACCAACGCGGGAUCUGAGCGUGGUACGGGCAGUAUGGUUUCUGCUGAAUUCAACCUCUGCUACAGAUGGCACUCGUGUAUCUCGGCCAAGGACGACCAGUGGGUCCAAGACUUUUACCACGAGAUAUUCGGUAAGAAUCCAUUGGAAUUGAGUAUGCAAGACAUGAUAAUGGGCUUUGGCAAGUUCGAACGUCGCAUCCCGGAAGAUCCUGCCGAAAGAGUCUUCGGCGGAUUCAAGCGCAACGCAGAUGGCAAGUUCAACGACGAUGACCUGGUCAACUGCAUCAGCGACGCGAUAGAAGACUGCGCCGGAGCUUUCGGAGGCCGCAAUGUGCCGGAGUGCAUGAAGCCCGUAGAGAUCCUGGGUAUCAUCCAGGGAAGAAAGUGGAAUGUUGCGGGCUUGAACGAGUUCCGCAAGCACUUCGGGCUGAAACCGUAUGAGAAGUUUGAGGACAUCAACUCUGACCCGGAGAUUGCUGGUUCGCUUCGAAACCUCUACGAGCACCCUGAUUUCGUCGAGCUUUACCCGGGUCUUGUUGCCGAGGAGGCUAAGGAGCCAAUGAUACCUGGUGUUGGAAUCGCGCCUACCUACACCAUUUCUCGUGUGAUCUUGUCCGACGCCGUCUGCUUAACUCGGGGUGACCGUUUCUACACCACCGAUUAUCACCCGCGUGGCCUCACAUCUUGGGGUUAUAACGAAGUGGCCUAUGAUCUGAACAUGAACCAGGGAUGCGUCUUUUACAAGCUGUUCAUGCGAGCCUUCCCCAACCAUUUCAAGGGAGACUCAGUCUAUGCCCACUAUCCCAUGGUUGUCCCGAGCGAGACCAAGAUGAUCUUGACCAAUCUUGGCCGCGCACACCAUUUCAACUACGAGCGUCCUUCCUUCAACCCCCCGUGUGUCAACAUCGCUACACAUGGAGGAGCUGAGCGCGUACUCGAGAACCAGGAACACUACAAGCCCAUGUGGUCCGAAGGCUUUUCCUCCCUUCUCGGCACUGGCGAAACCCGCUUUUCAAUCCGGGGCGACUCCUCCUCCCGCGACAGCCAGACCGAGCGGAUCAAGGACCAGCUCUACAACGAAGGGUGGUACCCCCACGUCAAGGCCUUCUACGCCCAGCACACGGACCGCCUGAUCGCGGAGAAGAGCUACCGGCUCGCGGGCCAGAACUUCGUCGACAUCAUCCGCGACGUCGGGAACCUCGCGCCCGUGCACUUCGUCUCGCGGCUGUUCAAUCUCCCACUGCGCACGACGGAGAGCGGCAAAGGGGUUUACAGCGAGCAGGAGCUAUACAUGGUGCUCGCGACCAUCUUCGCGUCCACCUGCGUCGAUGCCGAGCCCGCGAAGUCGUUCCCGCUAAGGCAGGCGGCGAGGGCAGUGGGUUCGCAGCUCGGGAGGCUGGCCGAGGCGCAUGUGAAGUGCGUGACGGGCUUUGGGAUUGGUGGGUUGUUUGGCUCGAGAGCGCACAAGAAUGAUCCCGUGGCGGCGUAUGGUAAUGGCUUGAUUAAGGGGUUGUCGAAGGCGGGCCUGAGUAAUCAUGAUAUUGCGUGGAACCAGAUCCUGCCUACGGCGGGUGCAUCUGUGCCGAAUCUGGCAGAAGUGUUCGCUAUCGCCGUAGAUUUCUUCCUGUCGCCGGAGGGAUCCAAGCAUGUCCCGGACCUGCACCGCAUCGCGAACCUUCCGUCGUCGGAAGAAACUGAUGCGUUGAUGCUUGGGUAUGGUUUGGAGGGUGUUAGAUUGGCUGGGUCAUUUUGCUCUUUCCGCCAGGCGGUGGCCGACGAUACGGUCACGGAAGAUGAUGGUCACGAGGUGCCUGUUCGAACCGGGGAACGUGUUUUUGUCAACUAUGUAAGUGCUUCUUACCUUCUAUGCAUUUACAUGUACCAGACAUAUUGCAUGUUAUGCUCCAAACAACUAAUCGAUCUGUGUAAAAGACUGGCGCAGCUAAAGACGUUGCACGCUUCCCGGACCCUGAGAAGGUCAACCCACGUCGUCCCCUGGAAUCCUACGAACAUUUUGGGCUGGGACCUUAUGCGUGCCUAGGUCGUGACGCAUGCCAGGCUGGGUUGACUGAGAUGUUCCGCUCCGUUUUCAAGUUGAAGAACGUGCGAAAGGCCGCGGGUCCUCAGGGGGAGCUCAAGAAGGUUAAAACUCCGGGAGGAUUCUACGAGUAUAUGAGGGAGGACAGGGGAGCAUACUUCCCGUUCCCUUGCACGAUGAAGAUCUGCUAUGAUGACUAGUGUGGGAGGAAGUGCCGUGCUAGUAGUAGCUGGAGAGAGGUAUAACCCAGGUAACCCAGGUAAUCCCUUUGACAAGUGAAGCUAUGAGUGAGUAUUUUCCUAAUUUUCCAACUCUCAUACCCCCGUUGAGUUCAGACUUCAAUAAAAGUCCCGAUCACAUUAUAAUAAGUGGUUUCGUUUUAUCCAAAUUGUUGUGGCCUUUAUGUGAAUCAAUUGCUAAGUGAUAAGGGGAGAGCAUGAGAGCUUCGUGAUUAUAGCAUGCAUUCAUCGAAAUUGCCCAAUGUUGGAACAAGACAAAAGCUGCUCUUUUGACUAGUUAGUAGUAAACUACAUUAGCUCUUUAUAAUUCUGGUUUUCUCUUGUUUUUCUCUCUCUUCUAGUAGUAGUUAUUAGCUUGAGUUAUUUAUUAUUUAGCCUUCAGCUCAGCUUAGAGUCUGAGACAAUUUGACAUGAAGCCCU